AUGGUGAAAGGCUCGGUAUAUACCGGUACCUGUCAUGGAUCAAGCGAAGAAACGUACGGUUUAGGCUCCGCGGGGAAAGAAAACUACUUUCUAUUUCAAAUCACCGGUUUUCCACUCGUCUCGUUCCACUAUGACAGUGAGAUGCUUCAAGAAACAGGUAGAGUACAUGAGGUCUGGGGUGGUGUUGCGAUGUCCAUGUCACUGCGGGCAAAGUUGAAGGAUCUCAAUGGUCAGGUAGACCCGGCUUUCGGCUUCUUUUCACCGUUCGGAGUCGACCUCCGCGGCGGUCCGCGGAGUUCUACAACUCGGCCCUCGAAAAAUCUAUUACUGGACCGUCCGGGAUGGAGGCUCUUUUUUUUCGCGAUCAACGCAACGUCAUGUCAUCUGUACCUGACUCCUAAGUUCCAAGAUCAUGCGAUUCCAGUUUUCGAUACUGUGGUCCAUGUAGUCGAGAUGGCAUCAAAUCAUGCCUGA